ACCAAAUAGCCCGCCUAAAGAUAUCUAGCUCCUUUCUCUUCUAAGCGAAUUGGUCCCUUUCUGCUGAGAUUUUGCGUGUGAAUUCAUACGAAAUCAAUGGCAUGGAGUAAAUAGACAUUAACUAACAACUGAAACCUCAAUCCAUCAUCCCAGGUGGACGCCCAACCGCUUCUCCUUUUAAACCUCAACCCUCAUCAAUUCUCAGCAGCAGGCCCCAACCCAACACGUUUCCAACAAAGAAAAAAAAAACUGUAUUUGGGGUGGCAAGGGUUUUAGUUCUUAAGAUCUUACGUGUUCGUCUUCUCGCUCUGGUCAUCCAGCUUGGGAAAUAAAGCCCCACUCCGCUCUCUGCUCUUUCAGUUUCCGGUUGUCACCAUCCAUCAAUUCUCUCUCUGUCUCUCUCUUUAUUUCGUACGUGGCCGACCUUAAUCUCCACCGUCAGCAAAUUUCAUUUAAUUACUCCCAUCAUCUCAUUAUCGUUCUUCCCUCCCAUUCCUAUCGCUAUUUGACUUAUUUCUUCCCCUGCUCCCAAUUCCGCUUCCCCAACUACUCUGGAGGUUGUUUUAGUUUGUUAGUUGGAGAGAAAGAUGGGGAAUUGCCAAGCGGCGGAGGCGGCGACGGUGGUGAUUCAGCAUCCGGCGGAGAACCGGGUCGACCGAUUUUACUGGUCGGUGAGUGCCCUCGAGGUUAUGAACUCCAAUCCUGGCCAUUACGUGGCGCUGGUGGCGCCGAGUGCCAAGACCGAGUACGCCACGACUCCGGUGAAGCAGCUCAAGCUUCUGAAGCCCAGCGACACCCUUCUCCUCGGCCAGGUUUAUCGACUCAUCAGUUUCGAAGAUGUUCUGAAGGAGUUGUAUGGGAAGAAGAGCGUGAAACUGGGGACGCUUCUGAAAGAGAGAGGCAGAGGGCCGGAAAAAGUAUUGACGGGGCUUGGAGAUGCAUCGGAGAUUGGGAGGAGGAAAAGCUCCGGCGGGUUGAAACUGAAUGUGGACGGUAGCUCUGCUAACACGGAGGAGGUUCACCAACUGCAACUGCAACUGGGGAGGAGCAGCAGCAGCAGCAGACUUGUGAGUGGAAGGCAGCAUGGAGGGCAAGGGCAAUGGAGGCCAGCAUUGCAAAGCAUUUCUGAGAUUGGGACUUAGGCAGAUCUUAAGGACUUGCCCGGCUCGAAUUGAAUAAAAUCACGGCAGUUGUUAGAAGCAUGCAUCAGUGGCCAUUAAUUAGUACAGUGGUUCCCCCUUUUUUUUCCCAGAGACAGCAGAAAAUUAUUAUGAGUAUGAAAGUUAAUUUGGUUGCAUGGAGCUUUGGUGUUCUUGGUGCUCUUCUCUGCCAUAACCUUGCUCAUGUCACUGGACUUUAUGUAUGAAUGACUUGCUUCAAGGUUACUGUCUCAAGUAAGAGUUGGAAGGGAAGGCUAGAUGUUCAAGUAAAGCCGUUUAUUCCAUCAGGUUUUUGUGUCAGUGAAAAGGUUAAUAGUACCAUUACUAAUUUACUUACACAGUUGCACAGCUUGUGGUUGCCGGGGAGCUAAGUUUCGACGGUCCACAGAUGUGAUUUACUAUUCGUCGCUCUAAAAUUUCAAACUUUUCCGUCCUAAAUUGAAAAAAAAGGCAAAAUAUAUUUAUCAUUACAAGAAAACCUAGCUAUAGAGACAAAUAAUUAGAAACAAUUAUUGUAUUUCCCUAUAGCUAAGCUUUAGUGGCAAAAAUAUUAUUUGUCUCGGUAGAUGAAAUUAUUUGUCACUAUUUCUUUAUAUUCUCGUAUAAUUUAUACAAAACAAAUUAAAUUAAUAGCUUUAGAGACAUUUAUUCUAUUUGAGCCUGUAUAAUAUAUAAAUCAUUCAUAUAGAGAUAAAUUUAAUAGUUUUUAGAUGCAAAUACAAAUACUACCUAUAGUUAUGUCAUAGAGUGCAAAUAUAAUCAUCUUUAGAUGCAAAUAAAAAUGCUACUUAUAAUUAUAUCAUAUAGAGACAAAUGUAAUAGUAUCUAGAGACAAAUAAUAGUUCUAACCGCAAUAAAAUAAAUUUAUUAUUUUAUUGAUAUAAAAUAAUAUAUUAUUGACUCAUUUAUGUGUAAAUAAAUAACCCUCGGUAAAAAAAUAAUUCUCCAAAUCUCUUCUCUUCGUCUCUUCUAUUAUUUGUCUUCCCUCUCCUCUCUCUAUUAUCCUUUACCUUAUGAGGAACCCUAAUGGAAAAAGCAUUCAAAAUUUCAAAUCCGAAGAAGGCCACUUCUCCAAUCUCAUCUCCCCACUGCAAUCUGAAUCGAUCGACAACACACACAAUCGCACAGCCCCUUAGCCUCUCAUCUCCACUCUUGAUUUCUAACCCAAUUCCAGCGACAACUUCUCUCCCUGUAUCUUCUCCGAUUCUUUGACCCGAAGAUUUCUAUCUCUAGUGUUACUAUGACAGGACUGGUAAGUUCUUUUUAUCCCUUCGCCAUUCUUGCUCUAUUCGACUCUUUAUGAUUUGUAAAGCUCUGCGAUUGGAUCUUGGAUUUGCGGAUUCCUUUUGGUUUUGACUACUGUGCGAUACGCUCAUCUUUUCGGUGGUAGUAUGUGGAUGGGCUAAAAUCAUAAAAUGGGUUGUGAUUAACUAGUGAGGCUUUUAACUUUUCGGAAUCACAAGUUAUGGCUAAUUCAAUUGCCGUGGGUAUCCUUUUCCUUUUGUAGGCCAGUUAUGUGUGGAAUAUGGACCGAGGUAUAAUUAUACAAUAGACACUUUUUUAGAAAUACACAAAGUAGCCAGAAUUUUGAAAGUUCCAUAAUAAAUAUAGUCAUUUCCGUUACAAAAUUUAACUGUGUUAGAAAUUCCAUGAGUUAGAUUAACGUUAGGUUGACUAAAAUGCCAAAUCAUCACAUACAUCAGCGACAACUCAGCCGUUGAUGCCACGUGUCAAUUUAUAUUUUUCUUUAAUCACAAAAUUGAACUAAAGAAAAAUAAACCUAUCGAUCCCCUUUCAUCUUCUUCCUCUGGGCAGAAGAAGAACCGAUUUUAUGGGCGAACUUGAACCACCGCCUCUCCUCCGACCUCGGCACCCCUCGAGUACAUGCGAAGCUUGAAUUAGGUUGGAGAUUUGAUGAAUGAAAAGGCUUGCUAGUGGGAGUUGAUGCAGAGAAGAAGUCGGGGUAUCUAUUGGCGCUCGAUUCUCCUUUGAUGGUGGCGAGGAUGAGGAAGUGGUAUGCGGAGAGGGCCAGACCAGACCUGGCGGCGCCAUCAUUAACCACACAAGGGUAGGGAGAAGAUGGCAGGACAUCAAUCUACAACUACUCCCGCAACCACAGUUCAACUGUCAAUCGAUAGCGAUGGUGACGGCGGCGGGGAUUUGGGGAUUAUGGUUUUGGUGGUGGCGAUUUGGGAAUUAGAGAUUUGGUCUCCGCUGUAUGCCUUCUCCAUUCCACCCAAAGAAGACGAUCCAUUCGUAGAAUUUCUGGUUCGACUCUAGCACCCCUGAUCCACCUUCCAUUGCCAGAAAGCAUUCUAAAAAUUCUGAUUCGCCUCCUCCCAUUGAUAGAAAGCCUCGACGAAUCCCUGCAUCUUGCGUCCUUGUCGCAAAGUUUGGUCGUUUGGUUUUGGUGAUAGUUAAAUCGAUGUAUUGUAAUCAAUGCAUGCAUAAUAAUAUACAUGUAUAUAAGAAAAUUGGUGUAUUGUAGUUUACAUCGUUUGGUUUAUGUGAUAGUUAUUGUAGUAGUUACAUAAAUUAUAUCACUUUUUGGAUGAAAUGUCACUUUGACCUUUUGUUUUUAAUAUAAAAAAGCAGCACACAUAAAAGGGUAGGGACAUAUUUGGAAGAAGAAGAAAACACAACAAUCUCUAUCAAACAAUCUCAAUGAAAACUUGAGAUUUAACUACCACUCAUUUUGAGUGAUAGUUUGUGUCAAAGCAAACAAACAAUGCAUGUAUUGUUUGCGCAGAAAAUUCAAAAAAAUGAUGCAUUGUGGACAUUGCAUGCAUUGUAACUAUCCCAAGCAAACUAUCACUAAAACCAAACGACCCCUAAUAAGUUAUAUUUAUUUUUUUAAAUUUACAGGAUCAACUUGUGAAGAUGGGGAUGCUGCGGUAGAAGUACAAAACCACUUUAAUCGCUGGUUUCGGUGAUUUGAUAUCCAAUUUUGACUUAUUUUUAAGUAUUUUAACAAACAAGUGUAGUCGCCGGCACUGUCGCAGCCUUUGGCGGCGAUCACCUUCACUAUCACACUCAAGAAGCGUCAGAGGCAACUUAAACAAGCUUGAGAAGUUACAAAUCCUGAACAUCGGUGGGAGAAAAAUGAAAAAGAUCUUCGGCGAAAGGGAGAUAAAGAAACCCAUUUGUUAUUACUUUUUUGUUAUGAAUAAUUAUCCCCUAAAUGGCAGUACAACACCAAUUAAACACAAGGUGGAAGAGAAGAUAUAUCACCACUUUUAUUCUAUACCCUCAAAUACAUAUAAUACAUAUAGUACACUGAUACAAUAGAUGAAAUACAUAUAGAGAAGGGGGAAAGAGCUUGGUGUAUAAUCUCCUUCUACGAAGGUGUCUUUAUAUAGGCACUAGUCCAUGCACAGAUCAGCUCUCUAUUGGUUGGUCUCUAUUGAUUACUCGUGGUUAGGGAAAUGGGUGUUGGAGGAAGGACAUCCACAAAUAUAUAUUUAUAAUACUCCGCCUUGGAUGUCCAUUGAUUAAGAACAUGUCUUGUUAAAACCUUACCAGGAAAAAUCCAUUGGGAUAAAAACCUAGUCGAGGAAAAAGAGUACAUGAUUCUGGUGUUACGCUUUUGGAUAUUGCCUCAUUAAAAACCUUACCAGGAAAACCUAGUGGGAAAAACCUUGGUUAAGGGAAAAAGAGUGCAAUACGUAAAGGCUCUCCCUCAUUAAGAGAUCUAUCAACGGUUUGGAGUUUUCGAACUCCAAUAAAUUUUCACAUGUUGUUGUGGAAUGUAGUACUGUUAUAGGAAAAUCUGUUGGAUAGUCUUUAAUAAACUUUUUGGUUCCACAACUCUCAUGAAGUUCAUUAUUGAAAAACAAACUUCGCUAAAAAUAUUCAUAUAUGUACCUUUUCAGAAGAUACGUGUAGUAUCUCUUUCAUAUAUGAUCAUCUAGAUCAAUCUUUGAGAAAUAUGUAAAAUAAUGGAUAACUUUAUCAAAUAGAUCAUUAUUCUCAUAGUGAUCUUAAUCAUCAAUAUAUCUUACUCAUUCUUAUCAUUUGUGCAUUUUUUAUAUAUUUCUUGAUGCACAUGACUUUCCCUUGCAAAUAUUUGAUUUGCAAUCUAGGGGAUAGUCUUGUUCUUUCAAGUUAUUGAUUUCAAUUACUUUUGAUUACUCUUUUAGAGUUUCAAGUCAUUAAUAACUUCUUAUGUUUGAAUACUCUUCUAAAGUUUCAAACCUAUUUAUACAUUCAAUCUCAACUUGGGAUCAUUGUUCAUAAAUGUGUCGACACCCCAAAGGUGACAAAGAAUUUGUCAACACAUUGUUAUAAGAAGUUUGGUACCUUCAACCAAUGACUCUUUGUCAGAAUACAUGAAACCGUCAUUGGAAGGCAUUCUAGGCAAAUACAUCCUCCUGUCUCGAAUGUAUUAUUCCCUUCUUGUAGGAAAUUCAUCGAGACUGUCAUUUUGGCGAUGCUCUUUCGAUUUGAUUUUGAAGGUUUAAUGAGUUGAAUAAUGUUCCCCAUAAUCUUAAUAUGUUUGAUUCGAGCAAACUAACUCCUUCAGAGAGUUUCAUAUCUAUAUCAUUUGUCAAACACAUGCUUAAUAAGUGCAUUGUAGCAAAAUAGUUUCAUAUCGAUAUCAUUUGUCAAACACAUGCUUAAUAACUGCCAAAAGUUAUAUCCACCAUAUGAAAGUCUACUCACAGUCAAUGCCAACUAUUUUGCGAAGACUUUAUGACAAGUCGAGCAUGAUAUCUCUUAAUUUCUCCCUCUAUGUCGUGUCUUCGUAGAACAUCACAUGAGUUUUACUGGAAUUGCUUCUGUAUAGCUCUUAAGACCUUUUACUGUCUAGGCUAGUUCAUAACUGCCUCAAAUGCGUCGUUACAACUUGGUCUAUAACCUUUUUAAGGGGGUGACCAAUGGAUCUAACUUCACGAUCCUUAUUCAUAUCAUAUUGCGCGCUACAAUAUAUAAAAACAUUAUCGUCAA